GCCGGGAAGAGGACGUGCGCAUACCCUUUAGCACCGCGAGAGGCGCCGGUGUUUUGAGCCGUGGCACCGGCAUCUGCUGAGACUUCUACCUUGAGCUCGUCCAUUCUUUUAUCGUCCCCACUCCUUUCUUCACCUAACACCUUGGACGUCAACUUCUCAUCUGAGGACUGUAAAGACUAAUUAGUUUGAAAAUGGAGAACCAAGAACCAAAGGAGUCUUCUCAGAAUGCCAAACAGUCUAUUAUUUCAGAGGAGUUAAUUGCUGAAGGAAAAUGGGUCAAGCUUGAAAAGACAACUUACAUGGAUCCUACUGGUAAAACUAGAACUUGGGAGACAGUGAAACGUACAACACGGAAAGGACAAACUGCUGAUGGUGUAGCUGUCAUUCCUGUGCUGCAAAGAACUCUUCAUUAUGAGUGUAUUGUACUGGUGAAACAGUUCCGACCACCCAUGGGCAGCUACUGCCUGGAGUUCCCUGCAGGUCUCAUAGAUGAUGAUGAAAGCCCAGAAGCAGCUGCUCUUCGGGAACUUGAGGAAGAAACAGGCUAUAAAGGUGAUGUCGCUGAAUGUUCUCCAGCUGUAUGUAUGGAUCCAGGUUUGUCAAACUGUACCACACACAUCGUGACAGUAACCAUUAAUGGAGAUGAUGCAGAAAAUGUAAGACCUAAGCCAAAGCCAGGGGAUGGAGAAUUUGUGGAAGUAAUUUCUUUACCAAAGAAUGACCUGCUGAAGAGACUUGAUGCUCUAGUAGCUGAAGAACAUCUUACAGUGGAUGCCAGAGUGUAUUCCUACGCCCUGGCGCUGAAACACGCAAACACGAAGCCAUUUGAAGUGCCCUUCCUGAAAUUUUGAGGCCAAAGAGGACACUGUCCAUCUGUUUUGUAAACAGGACCACCAGGCCUUCUUCACUAAGACUUUGUAUUCCACUUAGUUUAAUGUAGAUUUGAAAUUAGCUUUUUCAUAAAAUAAAAACAGCUCAGAAUGCA